AUGCUAUGUUUGACGCUUAUAGAUUAUGCAGUUUUUUGUUCUAUUGGUGGGAAGGAGUGUGAUUUGUCUCCUUGUGAUGUUUGUUUUCAACCUGCUAAUGGUACUUCUCUGAAAGCUCGUGGUAUGAUUGACUUGAAAAUUUGUAUUGAUUCUGUGUGUGCUGUUCAGAGAGUGAUUAUUGCUGAUCUUGGUGCCCCCUAUGGUUUGCUUGGUAUGGAUUAUUUCCAAGAGCAUGACUGUGUUUUGCAUAUGUCUGUAGGUCAAAUGGAGGUUGAUGGUAAAACUGUUUCCCUGACUAAGCCUGUUUCGUCUGUUCCUAGUUGUAGAAUUGUUGUAGAUAAAUGUGUGACUGUUCCCAGAGAGAGUGAGAUGGUGAUUUAUGGUCGUUUGAAUUGCCCAUGGAAACCCAAUAGUGACGUCAUAGCUGUGGCAGAGGCUGCGUGUGUGUUUGAGAGCGAGUAUGGCCAUCGUGGUUUAUUUUUAUUUCCCGGAGUGGUGGACGCCUCAUGCUCUCUAGUGCCUCUCAUGGUGGUCAAUGUUAGCAAGGAAGCGGUAGAAAUACCUGCGGAUUUGACUGUCUCUUCUCUGGAACAAGUGGUGCCUGGUGAUGUCAUGGACACCAGGGAGCUACCUGAACAUUUAAAGAAGCUCGUCGACGAUCCAGAAGAUUUAACGGUUGAACAACGUCAAAGUGUUCGUGAUUUGCUCGUCGAAUUUCAGGAUAUUUUUGCUGGUCCUGAUGGCAAACUGGGACGAACUUCUGUAGUCAAACAUAAGAUUAAAACGUCAACACCUGAACCAAUCAAAGUUCCACCGCGACGUAUGGGAUGGCGUAUGGGAUGGGCGAAGAGAGGAAUCGCAGAGAAACAAGUACAGAGCAUGCUUGAUCAAGGUGUAAUAGAACCGAGUGAAAGUCCCUAUAAUUCGCCUAUUGUUCUCGUUCCUAAGAAAGACGGAAGUUGUCGUUUUUGUAUCGAUUUCCGGAAAAUUAAUCUGGUAACCAUCAAAGAUGCCUACAGUUUGCCAAGAAUUGAUGAUAUUUUGGAUGCAUUGGGUAAAGCAAAGUGGUUUUCAUCGUUGGACUUGGCGAGUGGGUACUGGCAAGUAGAACUCGACCCAGAAGAUCGGGAAAAAACAGCAUUCAGCUUGCCAGGAAAUAAUCAUUUUCAAUUCCGUGUUCUUGCCUUCGGUCUGGCCAAUGCGCCAUCUUGCUUCCAGCGUUUAAUAGACAAAGUUUUGGCUGGAAUUUAUGGAAAAUUGUUCGCAUUUGAUGAUAUUUUGUUUAUGGAGAAAACUUUGAUCUGGCCAUGA